GCCUGGUUGAGCCUGCGCUCUUCACAAACCUUUCAUUUAAACAGUCACCCAUAGCAGCCCACCAAAUGCACAGUGACACACAGACAGAAGGAACAGGAUGUGCCUGCGCAGGUAGAGAGAAGUGAAAAGUAUAAACUAGGAGAAGCUAAAAGGGGACUGGAUGAACAAGCCAAAGAGCAAGGAAAAAUCUGAUGGGCAACUGAAGGCCUACUGGACUUGAUUGGCACAACGAUAAACUUUUCCACCUGUUAUUAUGGAGACCUAUUGUGGAAGACCGAUGUCUGGAUAAAACUCUUAAAGGAGUCAAACUGGAAAGGAAACUUUUUUUUUUAAAUGGACAACACCAAGACAAGACAGUAAGCAGGACUAAAUUGAAACUUUAGUGGACAUCUGCUGUAUUAUGUAAGACACAGAAAAAUAUGGUUUAUUGAGGGCUUUUUUAAAUGACUUUUCAGCACUCGAUAUAAAUAUCAUUUAAGGAUUUGUGUGUCAGUAAAAAAGCACAUUUUAACUUUUUUGCUCUUUGAAAACUGACUGAGAAACAUCAACACAUCUGUCUGUAAAUGUAACCUGAUUUAAAGCAUGCUGCUUUAAUUACAAGGCAAGUUCAGACAUUUGUAAUUAGUGGUCAUCUUUAAGAGCAAACCAAGAAAAGGGUGAGGUCCAUGUGAGAAAGGAGAGUAGGCCGUAAGAACACCAACACUAAGUCAAAGAAUAUUCCAGAGGAAGACAUCAAGGUCUCAAAGACUCAUCAACAUUAUGGAUCCUCAUGGGGGACAUUACCUCAACAAGGACGCUGUGCUGUCACCUUUAGGUGCAGCCCGAAUAUGCCAGCUGGUACUUGGCUGCACCAUAAUCGCCCUGGUGUCCCACAGCGCAGGUUACAGUGCAAAUUAUGGGACUUUCUGCAUGUUUGUUUGGUGCUUCUGCUUCACCAUCACACUGGUCGUGUUCACCUUGGACAUCACACGGCUCCACAGCUGCAUGCCAAUAUCCUGGGAUAACUUCACUGUGGCCUUCGCCAUGUUAGCAACACUCAUGUACAUCACUGCUUCUGUGGUUUACCCGGUUUACUUUCUGCAAACAGAUUACGCUGAGGAGGACUACGAAGUUCAAAUCUACCGCAUUUCUGUCACGGUCUGUUCCAGUGUUUGCUGCUUCCCGUAUGGAGCCGAGGUAAUUCUGACCAGAGCAAAACCAGGAGCUGUGGUGGGCUACAUGGCCACAGUGUCUGGUCUACUCAAGGUGGUCCAGGGUUUUGUGGCCUGCAUUAUUUUUGGGGCUCUUGCUAAUGACAGUGAGUACAACCAGUACAUUGCCACCCAAUAUUGUGUGGUGGUGUACAGCCUUUGUUUUUCUCUGACCGUGAUCGUCAUCAUAUUGACUGUGUCUGGAAGAACGUCAGCCCUGAGGUUCCCCUUUGAUCGUUUUGUGGUCGUCUACACGUUCUUUGCUGUGAUCCUGUACCUCAGUACUGCACUGAUCUGGCCCAUCUUCAGCUUUGAUAAAAAGUACGGCAGCACUGCUCGUCCUGAGGACUGUCCACGUGGUGAAUGUCCCUGGGAUAGUAAGCUGGUUGUGGCAGUCUUUACAUGUGCCAACCUAGUGUUAUAUUUUACUGAUCUUGUUUACUCCCAGAGGAUUCGCUUUGUCUCAAGCUCUGCUGUCUAAAAUAUAAAAAAAAAAAUUUUUCCGGAUUUUGUGAA